CUGAAAACAUGUUUCAAUGUGGUCAGAAAAACGGUGCGCUCUAGCAAGUUUGUGGCUUUGUCUUAUCAUUGGUUACCAUUUGUUGUCAUCUCUGAUUCCACCGUCCACGUCAUCACCGCCACCGCCACCGCCAUCUACUGAUUCGUUUUUUGCUCCUUCCUCAGGAAAAUGGGAUUGUGGACCUUACUUGAGGGGUUCCUGCUUCUUGCAAACGCACUAGCAAUACUAAAUGAGGACCGCUUUCUCACACCUAGAGGAUGGGGCUUAUCAGAUUUUUCAGCUGGCCAGACAAAAUCUUUUAAAGGCCAGCUUAUAGGUCUCAUUUAUGCAACUCAGUACCUAAGAUUUCCUCUUAUACUUCUCAACUCUGUCUUCAUUAUCGUGAAGUUAGUUUCUGGAUGAUGCCUGAAAAGGUUCCAAGAGUUAUCAUCAGGUUAUUUCAAUUUGUUUUAAGGUAGGAAAAUUUGACAGUAGUUAUCUACCAAAAAAAUGAUCAAAGUAUUGUAGAAAUAUUCAUUAAAAGUAUUUUUUUUGAGAUAUUGAAUCAUUGUCCUAAAAUCAUGUUUGCCAUUGUGACAUAACUAGUCAGAAAAUGAGAUUCAUUGUGAUUGUGAUAUUAGUUGUGCGGGUGUUGUAUUCAUUUUUUAAGAAUUAA